AUGUCAAGCCUCUCUUUUCAUUGUUGGACACUGCAAAUCGAGAGUCUAUUCGGUGCGUUCUCAAUUUCAGCUUCUGUCGGGAGAGGGAAAGGGACGUUUGUUGCAGAGUAUGUGAGGAAAGCAGAAGCGAAAAGAGAAGACAGAGAUUGUAGAUUGUACGGGGACAGCAGGUUGGCGUACAUUCAUCUAAAUGGGAAUAGCCAAUCUUCCUCAGAAUACGAUUUCAAUCCCCCUCUUUGGUUCACGCUUAUUACCAUUCAGUCGCGAUCGAAUGGGAUUAAUCUCGACCUGUUUCCUUGCUUAGCGGCUCUGUCCGUUCGCACAUUCGCGUUCUGCAUCAGAGCCAAGCCGGUCAAGCACAAGGAAAAAACUUCAGUUAUUCAAGGGCCUCCCACUGAAUCCCAGCACGACGUCACAACCUGGAACUUCGAUGUCUGGAACGCCGUCCUUGGUCUUAUUGACACCGUCUCACGAGUCACCACUCCUCCCCGCCCGAUAUCAUCAAUCCAGCAGACGCCCUGGUUGCGCAACACCAGCAGUUUCGUCAAUUCUACAGAAUACCGAAAGCACGUUGACUUUGUGCUGAAGGAGGAGCUUGGAGAGAUACAUGUCGACAUCCCUAGCUUCUUUGACGCGUACUUUGGAGACAUUCCACAACUCACUGCAAUUUCACAAGCGGUGUUGAAAGAGUGCGAGGAGGGAGACAGCCCACUUUACCAUGAAGAGGAGGGCUGGAGAGGCUGGCCUGAACUUGCGGCAGAACGAGACGUUCUGAGAUGGCUGACCAACAUCAUCGCUGAGCUUGUACGAUCAGCCGAAGCACAAGAGCCGUCAUGGAAGAUCGGCCGCAGGCCUCUCGCACAGCCAAGCCAGCCACUACAGGGGAUGCCGCUGGUCGCAGAUCCUUGUGCCAGGGGAGCUGAAGAAUGGCCAGAAAUACGACAGGAAAUCUCUGGGGCAUGGUUUGAUCUUGGCAGGUAUGCCCGAGAGGUCCUUGCUGCGCAGGACGCCCGUCGUUUCGUGCUCGGCUUCACUCUCUGCGGGCCAUUCCUGCGACUAUGGAACUUUGACCGCCUGGGCGGGAUCGCGUCGGAGGAAUUCAACAUCAACCAGGACGGCCUUCAAUUUGUGUCUGUUAUCCUUGGAUUCCUCUUGAUGAGCCGGAAGCAACUUGGGUUUGAUCCCACCAUCAUCGCAACCGGGACCAAACGCUAUAUUGAGAUUGAAAAGAAUGGUAUGAAGGAACGGCUGAUCAUUGAUGGGAUUGUUGGACAAGCACGCUGUGUUGCUGGGCGAGCCACAACCUGCUGGAAGGCAUAUUGUGAGACAGACAAAUCACAGACACCGCUGGUUGUCAAGGACUCCUGGCAGUAUCCAGAACGCACUGAGGAAGGAGAGUUGCUGCAAGAGGCGAUGGUGAAGGGAGUCAAGAAUGUUGCGAGGUAUUAUCACCACGAGACCGUUCGCAUUGACGACAAGGAUGAUGAUGUCUUAGCCAUCCGAAAGGGCCUCUGUAUUCCGAUUUCGCAAGAUGAGAAGGGUGGUGGCUUUAAGGCGACAGUGCAGCGUAGUAGGUCUCAAAGGGGACAAAAGAGCCAGAGCAGCACCGCCGGCCAGAAGCGAUCCUCUGACUGCGUGGACACGGCAUUUCCUCCUCCCCCCAGUAAACGUACCCAGUCAAGUUCUCCGUCCAAAUCUGCCGGCCGCUCUACCCCAUUCAAUCGAGUUCACCGCCGCGUUGUUAUCCGGGAUUAUGGGAAACCAAUCUAUGAGAGUAGCUCGAAGGCCACACUUCUCACUGGACUAGCCGGCUGCAUUGAAGGAUACAUUUCGCUCCAUGAUGAGGCUGGCCUCAUCCAAUGUGACAUAUCCCCCCGCAACCUGAUGGCGAAUGAGGACAAGGACAAUCCUUGA